AUGUCUCACAAAUAUCAAAAAGAUUUUUCAUUGCCACCAAAAUUUCAAGAAACCCUCAGAGAUUUUACUCGGGAAGUAUUGAGAGUGCAACCCUCAAAUAUUUAUCGAUUUGGAUAUGAUUACUUUACCAAGUUGGCCAAGGAAAUGGAACUGAAACAAGACGCAGAAAGUAUUGCCGAGAGUAAUGUGGCAAAAAUUGGAGAAUUGUCUCCUGCCUCAUUCAAGAAUAACAAUUAUCAAGUAUCAUCAUCUGAGGAAGAGGUAGAAGAAGAGGAUAUGGACGAAUUCAAGGUCGUACAUACUUCUUCGGAUGUUCAUCACAAUUCCUCAAAUCCACAAAAACCAAUCUCCGUCAAAGCUCAAGAACGAUUCACUUCCGACGAGGAGGAGGAAGAAACUGAAGAAACCACCGAAGAAGAACAGAACACUGAGGAAGAACCAAUCGCUGAAGCUGACCACAACGAUAGUUUCCAGAAUCAAUCCUUUGAGGGUGACAUUACACAAUUUCUAGCAACCGUUUCCGAUCAGGAAUUGCUCAAUAUUUUGUACUCGCAUUACAGCUCUUUUGGUUACGACGCUUUACCUGUUGGCGCGGUGAAGGAGGAGCUCAAGAAAAUUUUCAAUUAUCAACUGCCAGACACAAUGGUUGCUUUUUGCAUGGCAGAAUCGGACGUGGCAGACGACUCUACUGUGGAAAUUGCUCCUUUCUGUCAACGAAUUACAAAUGUGUUGAAAAUUGUAGUGGGAGGUGAAGAAGGUCCUUUGGGCUAUUCGGACGAGAGUAAUUCUAUUCAUCAGUCAUUCCUUUCACCAAUAAUUGUCAACGAUGUGGAUGUGGUUCAUGGAUUGAGCAAAUUGGAACUUCAAGAAGAAUUAAAGGCCUUAUUCGAGAGAGCUGAAGGAGAAGGUCAUACUGGAGCCUUACCGUUUGGCAAAUUUAAACGAGAAUUGCAAGAAGCUGAGCUUGAUCUGUCGAGAAGAGAAAUCAAUCUAUUGCUUUCAGAGGCUGAAUUAGAUGAACAUGGUCAGGUUGUUUACGAAAACAUUAUUUCCAGGGCUCAUUCUAUUCUGUUUUCAGCAUUCAUAUUUGAUGAAUUUUGUACAUCAGUAGAAUUAAGUUUUUAA